AUGCUGGGCCUCCUUCUGCUCUGGUUCAGCCUCUCAGUAGCUUGUGUGCUCUUUGUGGGGGUUUCAGUGAAGGUGUUCUUCAAAUAUUUGUUUUUCAUCAAAAUCCCAGCAGAUAUCAGCCACCCCAAGAAGCUUCUUCUUUAUUACUCCAUGUUUGAGCUGGUGGCGACAUGGGGUAUUAUUUUGGAGAAGAUGAAGAUCUGUUCCAUGGCCAAGUUUGUCCGUUUUGUACAUGACCUGUUUCCCCUGAGGAAGGACCCAGAUGUGGUGGUCACAGACCUGUGCUUCGGAACCGUCCCUGUGAAGUUGUACCAGCCCAGGAGUUCCUGCAGCACCCUCAGACCUGGCAUCUUGUUCUACCACGGAGGCGGGGCCUUGUUAGGGAGCCUGAAAACUCACCAUAGCAUCUGCCUUAUUUUGUGCAAGGAGAGUGACUCAGUGGUUCUAUCUGUUGGAUACCGCAAGAUGCCUGAAUAUAAGUAUCCUGUAAUGUACAUUGAUUGCAUGGCAGCCACCGUCCACUUCCUGAAAUCUCUGAGUACAUUUGGGGUGGAUCCAGCCCGCGUGGUGGUCUGUGGUGACAGCAUGGGAGGGGCAGCAGGUGUAGUGAUGUGUCAACAGCUUUUGAAGAGUCCCCACCUUCCAAAGAUCCGUGCACAGAUGGUCAUCUAUGCUGGGCUCCAUGCCCUCGAUUUUCGGUCACCAGCCUAUCAGCAGAACAAGAACCAAUUAGGAUGUAGGGAUUUUUCCAUGUAUUGCGUAAUGAUGUAUUUGAAUAUCGAUCCCUCCUGGAAAAAAGACAUGAUCACAGGUGCCAAUCUGCCCCCUGAAAUCAGGGAGAAGUACAGAAAGUGGUUGGGUCAUGAGAACAUCCCUGAGAGAUUCAAGCAGAGGGGUUACCGCCCAAAGCCAGUGGCGCCUCUGAAUGAUUUGGCAUAUCAGGAGACCCGCCUUGUGUUGGAGCCCACCGUAUGCCCACUCGUGGCAGAGGAUGAAGUGAUGUCUCAGAUGCCUGAAGCUCUCAUUGUGGGCUGCGAGUAUGAUGAUUUCCGAGAUCACUCACUGCUGUACAAGAAGAGGCUGGAGGACUUGGGUGUCCCAGUGACAUGGUUGUAUGUGGAGGACGGUUUCCAUGGAGCACUUGGCAUGAUUGACACAACCUUCUUUAAUUUUCCCUGUUCCCGAAAAAUUAUGAAUGCCAUGGUUGAUUUUAUUAAGAGAUUGUGACC